AUGUGGCGCAUCUUGCUUCUGCUGAGUGGGCUGAGGGGGCUUGGCGGGCUUAGCGAGCCCCAAACAAAAGACACUCCCGAGAGAUUACACGUGCAAAUCAUUGUGCCAGAGAAAAUUCGGUCCAUUCCAAGCGGAGGCUACGAAUCACACGUGGCCUACAAUAUCAUAAUUGAAGGGAAAACAUACACUCUGAACCUAACGCAAAAAGCGUUUUUGCCUCCCAACUUUAGAGUUUACAGUUAUGACAAUACAGGAAUCAUGAGGCCUCUUGAUCAUCAUUUUCAGAAUAUCUGCUACUUCCAAGGAUACAUUGAAGGUUAUCCAAAUUCUAUGGUGAUUGUUAGCACAUGUACUGGACUCAGGGGUUUUCUUCAGAUUGGAAGCGCUAGCUAUGGAAUUGAACCUCUAGAAUCGUCCAUUGGUUUUGAACAUGUGAUCUAUAAAUUGGAACCUAAGAAAAGUAACACUUUACUCUAUACUGAGAAGGAUACUGAACUAAGGAACCUGAAGUACAAGAUACAAAGUGUCAAGCCACAGAAAAGAACCUCUCACUUUCUGGAAAUACAUGUUGUAGUUGAGAAACAAAUGUAUGAUCAUAUUGGGGCUGACACAGCCAUUGCCACUGAAAGGAUUUUCCAGUUGAUUGGACUGGCAAAUGCUAUUUUUGCCCCCUUUAACCUUACAGUAAUUCUGUCUUCCCUGGAAUUUUGGGCAGAUGAAAACAAAAUCUCGACCACUGGUGACGCUAACGAGUUGCUCUACAGGUUCCUGAAGUGGAAACAGUCUUACCUUGUUCUGCGCCCACAUGACAUGGCAUUUUUACUUGUUUACAGAAAGACUUCAGACUAUGUUGGUGCCAUCUUUCAAGGGAAGAUGUGUGAGCAGAACUAUGCGGGAGGCAUUGCUCUGUACUCCAAAGCCGUAAGUCUGGAAUCGGUUGCAAUUAUUUUAGUCCAGCUGCUGAGCCUCAGCAUGGGAAUAGGCUAUGAUGAUGUGAGCAAGUGCCAGUGCGGAGUUUCCGUCUGUGUGAUGAAUCCGGAAGCGAUUCAUUACAGUGGCGUCAAGUCCUUCAGUAACUGCAGCCUGGAGGGGUUUUCCGACUUUAUCUCAAGUCAGAAGUCCCAUUGCCUUCAGAACCAGCUGAGGCUCCAGCCGACUUACAAGGCAGAAGUUUGUGGGAACGGAGUGUUGGAAGGAGACGAAGUGUGUGACUGUGGAGCGCUGGGCUGUGAUGAUAACCCUCCACCAUGCUGUAAUCCUAAAACCUGUGGGCUGUCAGACAAAUCAGCUUGUGCUAAGGGACCGUGCUGUGAUAAUUGUAAUGUGAAGACGAAAGGGCAAGUGUGCAGGCCUGCCACUGGGGAGUGUGAUCUCCCAGAGUACUGCAACGGCACGUCUGAACUGUGUGAGGAAGACGUCUUCGUCCACGACGGGCACCCAUGUGCAGACCAUCAGUGGAUCUGUGUUAACGGCUCGUGUAAGAAUGGAGCAAAACAGUGCCGUGAUAUAUUUGGCAGUGACUCAGACUUUGGCACAAAAGAAUGCUACGAUGAGCUGAAUUCCAAAACGGACAUAUCUGGGAACUGCGGUAUCAGCCCUGUGGGAUACAAGGCCUGCGCACCUAAUGACCGGAAGUGUGGGAAAUUAAUAUGUAAAUACAGAAGUGACAAUUUAGUUAGAAUAAGAUCUGCCACUAUAAUUUAUGCCAAUAUAAGUGGGCAAAUCUGCGUUUCCCUGGAAUAUGCCCCUGAUCAUAAAGAGAGCCAUAAUAUGUGGGUGAAAGACGGGACUGUCUGCGGCUCCAACAAGAUUUGCCUGAAUAAAGAAUGUGUAGAAGAUAAAAUCUUGAAAUACGAUUGCACACCAGCACAAUGCAACCAUCAUGGUGUAUGUAAUAACAGGAAGAAUUGCCACUGUGACCCCACAUACUUACCUCCAGAUUGUAUAAAAACACAGGAUCGAUGGCCUGGUGGGAGCAUUGACAGUGGCAAUCAGCAACGAUCCGAGCCAAUCCCUGUUCGGUUCCGCAUCAUAAGCCCUUACAUCCACAAGCCUGCACGGUGGCUGUUCUUCUUCAUCAUCCCUGUCUACAUUGUGAUCUGUGUCCUGAUCGCCAUACUGGUAAAAGUCUAUUCCCAGAGGAAAAGAUGGAGGACCGAGGACUACUCAAGUGAUGAGCAAUUUGAAAGUGAAACUGAAUCCAGAGACUAG